AUGGAUAUACUACCGAGCGGAAACAUCUUUCGAGAGCUGCAGAUCAUCCACGACACCGGAUGUUUCUCGUCGGAAUCCUCGAUCGAGGACCAAUGGCAACAGACCAAACCUCGAACCACGAACGCGAAACGGGCACCAAAGGGAGAGGGAACGGUGGAACGGGGGUCUCUUCUGCUGAAAGUUGGAUUGAAUUAUUCUAUUAAGAUGACCGUCGUCUCUGGUCGUCGCCAGUCGUCAUCAUCGUCGUCGUCGUCGUCGUCGUCGGCGGCGACGUCAUCUUCGUUGUAUUUGUCGUCUUCUUCGGGUGACUUGACUAAAACUUGUACAAUUGGACUUGAUGAUUGUGGGAGCAACUGGCAGCACCAGCGCAAGGAGAGCAAGCGCUGCCUAAUGCUGCUGGUUGAAGCUCACAAUGCCGUUUAA